AUGACAUACAAAUCUGCCUUAAAUGUUUCAGCACCUAUGUUCAGCUCUAAGUUCGAGAUAAUGUCCUUAGCAGUCAAUCUUCCAUUACCAGGGGUGUUAACUUCUAAAGUUAUCUCAGCCAAUUGUGGAGCCAGUUCUAAUCUCUUACAAGCAGCAUGUGAAAUGAAAGAGUGGGACGCUCCAGGCCCUGAUUUUGUCGCUGUUGAUUUUUGGGGUUUUGCUGUUGAGGUGCUCCUCCGUUCUUCUUCGGACAUACUGAAGCAUAGUGCCCAGUUUCCCCACAUCUAUAGCAUAUAUUCAUUCCUUUCAGGCAUUCCCCUGAAUGAGGUCGCUGACACUUUGGGCAGAGUGGUCGUCCCAUUGCUUGCGGCUGUUGAUUUUGACGUUGAUUCUGAUUUUGAUUCCAGAACUCAUUCUGCUUCUUCUGUCUAUAGCAUCCCGCCCACACUCCUUCCCCCCUUCUUCUCCCCCCCUUCAGCCGCUCACACACACACGCCUCUCUUGCCUCUCUCUUCUCUCCCUCUUCACGCCAAACCCGCCCCUUCUCUCCCCCGAAUCUCCUCCGGCGGACAACGGCAGCCACCGCCGAAUACGCCGCCACCCUUGACUCUCCUCUCCCUCAACUGCUCCAUCUUGCCCUCGACUGCUCCAUCUUGCCCGGCGACAAGCGCCGCCCGGAACUUCUCCCUCGUCUCCUGUCACUCCCGCCGCCGCAGCUACGCCGCCUGUUGCUACCCGACACCACCAUCACCUUCUCCUUCUUCAGCCGACAGCGUGGCCGCCCUCGCUGCCCCGAGACAGAGAGCAGCGGUUGGUCGGACCGCCUGCCACCAUCCCAGAGCCGGCGCUGCUGUUGUUGUACAUCUUCUCCAUCGCCGGCUGCCAUCCCAGCCUCUCUCCGCCGCCGCGGCUCGGCCACCAACGAAGGACCACCCACCUCAUCUCCCUCUGUACCCCCUGUUCUCUCUCCUCCUUGGCAACGACGGAACGCCGCUGCCUCCCUCGGUCUCUCUCUCUCGACCUUCCGGCGACUGCAGCAGCGAUGGUAUGCUUGAAAUGUUUUGCUGUGUAAAUCGUGAGGUUUAUUUGUGGUUUCUGCUAAACCAAUUUGGAGCUAGAGGCGUAAUGUAUAAACAGAGGUAGGCGAAAAAGUCAAGUGGUUACCUUGGCGAGGAUUUCAGUUGGUAUUUUGAUUUCUGCUUGUUUGCUCAAUACUUGAUUUCUGGUGAAAUGAGCUUGGGGCCGAUGAAAAUAAUUUGGUGGAUUAAGUGAGUGAAGGAGAACUUGGCUGAUUUGUUAGGUGGAAUUUGACAGCAUAAAACAAAAGAAAGUGGAAAACAAAAGAGAGAUUUGGCUGUCGGAUUAGUAGGAGAAGGGGGUAUGGUGGGAGGAAAGAAAGUGGAAAAAAUUGAAAGUGGACGGCUAAUGCAAAAGAAAGUGAUUAGAUAGGAGAUGAUUUAAUAAUCUGCAUAAUUACAUGUAUGCUAAAAAUAAUCAUGAUAUAGGGUGGCUAUUAGGAACAUAAAUAAUAUAUCGGGACUGUAAUAAAUACUUCAGGGUUUGCUAAAUAAAUAUUUCGUGAAGAAUACUUGAAUGCUAAAUUAAAUAAAUAUGCAAUGCAUAUAAAUUCAAUAAUUAAAUUUACAAAUAUUUUUGUAAAUCAUUUUUGUUGGAAUUACAAAUAAAUUCUUUUUCUUUAUA